AUGUGCCCAUUAUCUUACCCAUUACUACAAGUGGAUGGUGAAAUUGUCAAAAAUUAUCGGCAUCGGGUGAUAUCCAUUUUAUUUGUAAAGUCGGGAUCUCGUAUUUAUAUCUCAUUAAGGGCAAAGCCUAUUCUUUUGCCAUCUAUAUCAUCAUCAUAUAUCUAUCUGAUUCUGUUCAUAUCUAUCUAUAUAUCUAUCUAUCUAUUUAUCUAUCAUAGUCUGUUCAUAUCUAUCUGUCUAUCUCUAUCUGUCUAUCUAUCAUAUCUGUUCAUAUCUAUCUAUCUAUCUAUCAAUCAUAGUCUGUUCAUAUCUAUCUAUCUAUCAAUCGUAGUUUGUUCAUAUCUAUCUAUCUAUCUAUCAAUCAUAGUCUGUUCAUAUCUAUCUAUCUAUCAAUCUAUCUAUCUCUUUUCCUAUCUAUCUAUCUCAUUCUGUUCAUAUCUAUCGCAGUCUGUUCUAUCUAUCUAUCUAUCUAUCUAUCUAUCUAUCUAUCUAUCUAUCUAUCUAUCUUUGUCUCUUCAUAACUCUACGUCGAACUCCUUAAAAAAACCAUAUGUAUCUUUGAAUUGA